AAAAAUUGUAGAGAGAGAGAGAGAGAGAUAGGGACUAGAGAGAGAGGAUGGUGAGGAGGGAGAGCACACUUUAUUACCUUUUUUAUGAUGCACGCAUCCAUGGCAGAACAGGGAAGGGUACAGAGUACUCUCUGCUGCGACACAAGGAUAGAAGAAGAGAUCAGAAUAAACAACACCACCUCCACCACCAAUAUUAACAAUUGCAAAUUCUAGAUAGAGAAAAAAAAGUAGAGAGAGAAAGUUAGAGAGAGAGAGAGUAUUGAAAUGGAGCUGUGUGUGGCAAAUGGUAAAGGAAGAUAUGAUGGAACUGAGCAGGAAAACAGGCAACUUUCCCAGUGAUGGAAAAGAAAUAGCUGAUUUUAUGAAUUUUUACGAAAUGGGUUUGUUUUGUUUGAGCUGAAAAGAGAUUUUUCUGCACAAAUCUGGAAAGAAGACGCCAUUUUUGCAAAGAUUUGAGCUUUUUUUUGCUGCGUAAUUUGUGCAAUUUACGAGAGGGAUGCCCUUUCAGUUCCAGCAGGGGAAGGGGGUCAUCGAAAUAGCAACUGCAAGUUUGCCGGCAAUUUUCACAGACAGCAGCUGCAGCAAGUACAAAGACGACGGAUUUUUCAACCACCACCACCACAGCUUUCCGACCAGUGAGCCCAAUUCGGUUCUUCAUAUGAGAAGAAGCCCGAGCCCACCCACUUCGGCUUCCACUCUCUCUUCCUCUUUCAACAACGGCGGCGGUGGCGGCGACAAAUCGACGCCGCUGGCAGCUGAGACCCCGCCUGCGGUGCGACCAACGUCGUCGAAAGAUGAGUGGGCCUGCGAGCUCCAGUCGAUUCCGAGUGGGGGUUUGGAGGCCGUGACCGGAUCGGCAGGAGGAGUCCAGAGAUGCGGCCUUGGGCUUGGCGGGUUGGAGGAUUGGGAGACCAUGCUCUCCGAAACGGCGGCGUCUCCGGGUCACGACCAGUCGCUGAGGUGGAUCGCCGGGGAUGUGGACGACACGUCGUUUGGGCUCAAGCAGCUCUUGCAGAGCGGGAACAACCACCACCACCACCACCACAGCCCCCUUGAUUUCGACGGCAAUGCCGGGUUGGGAGUCGUCGAUCAGGGCCCUAAUUUCGACCUAAUUGGAAACGGCGGCGUUUCGGACCCGAAUUUCGGGUUCGGCGGUUGGAACGGCAGUAACAAAGGCAGCAAUGGGAAGCUGGGUUUUGUUCCUCCGGGUUCUGGGUCUUUUGGGUUGCUAAAUUACAAGGUUUCAAAUGUUGAGUUGAUGCACAACAAUGGCGGCAGCAACAGUGUCAAUUGCAACAUUCAAAACCCCAUUUUCUCGAAUUCGUCUAACACUUUGGCUCUGCCGGUAUCUUUGCCUGCGGUUUACGGGCAGCAGCAAUUAAGCCCGGACGAGAAGCCGCAGAUUCUGAACCCCCAGCUGUUCAUGAGCAACCAGAAUCAGCAGCCUCAGGUGGCUCAGAAUCCGAACUUUUUCAUGCCACUGGCGUAUGCCCAGCAAGAACAGCACCACCUGCUUCAGUCCCAGCCCAAACGCCACAACUCAGGCACAAAUGUAGACCCGAGUACUCAUCAGAUCCAAAAGGGUCAGUUUUAUGAUCCAGGGCAAGAGUUUUUUAUGAGAAAACAGCAGCAGCAGCAGCAAUUCGGGUUUGCUCAAGGGAUGCAGUUUCUGCCUCAGCAGCAUCGCAUUCAGCAGAAGCCGUUAAUGGUGCCGAAACAGAAGGUUGUGCUGGGAAAUGGUGAAGAAAUGGCUCACCAGCAGCAGCAACAACAGCUUCGGCAUACUUUGCUCGACCAGCUCUAUAAGGCCGCAGAGCUGGUAGGGACUGGGAACUUUUCACACGCGCAAGGGAUAUUGGCGCGGCUCAAUCACCAGCUUUCCCCUGUUGGAAAGCCCCUUCAGAGGGCUGCUUUCUAUUUCAAGGAGGCUUUGCAACUCCUCCUCCUCAUGAACAAUCCUGCCACCUCUCCACCACCGAGAACUCCGACCCCAUUUGAUAUCAUCUUCAAAAUGGGGGCUUACAAAGUCUUCUCCGAAGUUUCUCCGCUCCUUCAGUUUGUCAAUUUCACUUGCAACCAGGCCCUCCUCGAGGCCCUCUCCGACGCUGAUCAGAUUCACAUUGUUGAUUUCGAUAUUGGUUUUGGUGCUCAUUGGGCUUCCUUUAUGCAGGAGCUUCCUAUCAGGAAUAGGGGUGCUUCUGCCCCUUCACUCAGAAUCACUGCCUUUGCUUCACCUUCGACUCACCACCCAGUUGAACUCAGGCUUAUGCGUGAUAAUUUGACACAAUUCGCUAAUGAGAUUGGUAUAAGCUUUGAUCUUGAAGUGGUUAACAUUGAUUCUCUGGACCAAAACUCAUACUCCCUGCCCAUUUUUCGAGCCAACGAUAAUGAGGCAGUUGCUGUGAAUUUCCCCAUUUGGUCUACUUCGAAUCAACCAGCUGCUUUGCCUAAUGUCCUUCGCUUUGUGAAGCAGCUAUCUCCCAAAAUUGUGGUAUCUUUGGAUAGAGGGUGUGAUAGAAGUGACCUCCCAUUCCCACAGCACAUUCUGCAGGCCCUCCAGUCGUACAUACACCUUUUGGAAUCACUUGAUGCUGUUAAUGUGACUUCCGAUGCUGUGAACAAGAUUGAGAGGUUCCUCCUUCAGCCCAAGAUUGAGAGCACUGUUCUGGGGCGUCUCCGAACCCCAGACAAGAUGCCCCUUUGGAAAACACUCUUUGCCUCCGCCGGUUUCACUCCUGUACCCUUCAGUAACUUCACUGAAACUCAGGCGGAAUGUGUGGUGAAGAGGAAUCCAGCAAGGGGAUUCCAUGUCGAGAAGCGUCAAGAGUCACUUGUUCUAUGCUGGCAGCGUCGAGAGCUCAUCUCCGCUUCAGCUUGGAGGUGCUGAGGAGCAGGAGCAGCAUUUUGACAAGCAGGGGAGGUUGGUUUUUGGCCCCUCACAAUUUAUCGCAGAGGUUCCAGCUUACUCUACUCUGAUAAUAUGUCAAUAAAUAUUGAACUAUGUUAUUGGCACCUCUGUUAUGACUUAAUCCUUAUGAAUUGUCGUGUUUGUGAGUCCCCUUUGCUUAUUGUAUAUCUAGUCAGACGGACUAGUAUUCUCGGUAGAACAAAUCAUCUAACAGGCAAGCCUAGUAGAUUGUUAUUUAUUUUGGACAUGAAUAUUGCUGCUAUGGUACUUAAAUGUUUUAAGAGGGAAGCUGCAUUUUCUUCUGGUUAAGAGGGUGAUGAUAUGUUGUGUACUUGACAACGAAUGAUCUAGAAAUGGAAAAGAACUUGCCGGAUUUUAAUC